AUGUCGGGACCAGUUGGUGAUUUCGGUCUUAUCGGCCUGGCCGUCAUGGGUCAAAACCUGAUCCUCAAUGCUGCUGACCACGGCUUCACUGUCGUGGCCUUCAACCGAACCGUUUCCAAGGUCGACCGUUUCCUUGAGAACGAAGCCAAAGGCAAGUCGAUUGUCGGCGCUCACUCGAUCGAGGAGUUUGCUUCCAAGCUGAAGAAGCCCCGUCGUAUCAUGCUUCUGGUCAUGGCCGGCCCUGCCGUUGACGACUUCAUCGAGAAACUGCUCCCGCACGUCGAGCCUGGUGACAUUAUCAUUGACGGUGGAAACUCGCAUUUCCCUGACAGCAACCGCCGCACCAGAUAUCUGAAAGAGAAGGGUAUCCGCUUUGUCGGCACUGGUGUCUCCGGUGGUGAGGAGGGUGCCCGUUAUGGACCAUCUCUCAUGCCGGGUGGUAACGAGGAGGCUUGGCCAUACAUCAAGGAUAUUUUCCAGAGCAUUGCUGCCAAGUCUGAUGGUGAGCCUUGCUGCGACUGGGUCGGUGACGAGGGUGCUGGUCACUAUGUCAAGAUGGUCCACAACGGUAUCGAGUAUGGUGAUAUGCAACUGAUUUGCGAGGCCUACGAUAUCAUGAAGCGCGGUCUCGGCAUGAGCUACAAGGAGAUGGGUGAUGUCUUCGCCGAGUGGAACAACGGUGUUCUGGACUCCUUCCUGAUCGAGAUUACCCGUGACGUCCUCCGCUUCAAUGACGAUGAUGGCACUCCCCUUGUCGAGAAGAUCCUCGACGCUGCUGGCCAGAAGGGAACUGGCAAGUGGACUGCCAUCAACGCUCUUGACUUGGGUAUGCCAGUCACCCUCAUCGGCGAGGCCGUUUUCGCUCGUUGCCUGAGCUCCAUCAAGGAGGAGCGUAUUCGUGCCUCCAAGGUCCUCAGCGGACCCAAGCCCAACUUCACUGGAGACAGGGCUCAAUUCUUGAAGAACCUGGAGCAGGGCCUGUAUGCCUCUAAGAUCAUCUCUUAUGCCCAGGGUUUCAUGCUGAUGCAGGCUGCUGCUAAGCAGUAUGGCUGGAAACUCAACAAGCCAUCGAUUGCCCUGAUGUGGCGUGGUGGCUGUAUCAUUCGCUCCGUCUUCUUGAAGGACAUCACUUCGGCUUACCGUGAGAACCCUGACCUCGAGAACUUGUUGUUCAACGACUUCUUCAACAAGGCCAUCCACAACGCGCAGGAGGGCUGGAGAGACGUCAUUGCUUUCUCUGUCAAGGCUGGUAUUCCUAUGCCGGCGUUCUCCACUGCUUUGGCCUUCUUUGAUGGCUACCGCACCAAGGACUUGCCUGCCAACCUUUUGCAGGCUCAACGUGACUACUUCGGUGCCCACACCUUCCAGAUCAAGCCGGAGUAUGCCAACGACAAGUUCAAGGUUGGAGCUUACAACCACGUCAACUGGACCGGUCGUGGAGGCAAUGUUUCUGCGUCCACCUACAACGCAUAG